AUGGCCUCUCUACAGUCACCGCCUCCCACACUUUGGAAAAAUAGGCAACGAAAUGGCCACUGUGAUCUCUUCCUCGGUGAGCAUGCCACUGCAUUGGCAGCCGUUUGUCACACAAACAACUGCGAAAACGUGGGAGAAAACGAAGACGACAAUGACGCGAGGACAAGCAGAACUAAACAAACUCGUGCAGCAGGUGGCGCUUCUGAUGGCGCCCAUCUCCCGGUGACGGGCAGGAUUGGCGGCUGCAAGGCGAACAGCAAGCGAGCGCGCACCGCCUUCACCACCUCGCAGCUGCUGGAGCUGGAGAAGGAGUUCCACUUCAGCGCGUACCUGUGUCGCCCGCGGCGCCUGGAGAUGGCGUCGCUGCUGAAGCUCAGCGACCGGCAGAUUAAGAUCUGGUUCCAGAACCGCCGCAUGAAGUGCAAGAAGGACCACCGGGAGCGCGCGAUGGCCACGGGACGACGAGCCGGCGCCUCCGCGGCAGACGUGUGUCAUCAUAGCCCAGCUGGACCCCCGUCUCCGUCCCCACACAGAGGCAUUAACACCUGUCAGCAAGGUGACGUCUCUUUACCGCCCCACACAUACCUGCUCUGUGAGAUACCUAAUCAUACAGCUCGAUUAAGCACUGGCUGUUAUAUGCCUGUGGCAACCAAUUCUGAUAAACCCAGAGGCAUUAGACAUGCUGGUAGAGGAACGCCUAGAGACUUGGCUAUCUCCCAGCCCGUUUGCACGGUUCUGGACCCCGGACUGGAUCUUUCGGCAGCAUUCGGACUCGUCGGGUCAACUUCUGCCUGCGAGGGUGACGUCAGCACAUGGCAUCACCAGGGUCAAGGGCUCUCUCUGACCCCUCACACGCUCACACACCUGUAGACGUGACCUGCACGGCCGCCUCGGUUGCGCCGCUGUGCGUCGGAACUCUCCACAGGCACAUAUGUCUGUCAGAUCGCAGUCAACAGCACUAACUCUCCCUGACGUAGCGUCCAGUCUGCGGCUUCACACUCCUACGAGAACUUGUCCUCUCCAGCUGUCAGGUCUGUAGUGAGGAGCCAGGAUUUGUGGUUGUGAGCGUGGUGAUUUAGAGGGAAUUGUUAACUUUAAUGAACUCCAUACCUGUGUGGUUUUCCUGGGGAGGGUGCUGAGAGCAGCCCCCCCUCUCUCGUUAUCACUGUGUGAAUGGGAGGUUCUGGCUGUGGACACUCUUGCCUCGCUCUGAUAUAUUGCUCUUGGCUUGUUGUGUAUGGAUCCAGGCCAACGUCCAUGUUUUUGUCUGUGCAACCCAGAAACAAAAUGUGUUGUGAAAGGGAGGCCUUAAUAACAGCAUUGUUGUCCUCUUAAGAUUUACUUGAAACUUGUGUCUGAGAUUAAAGUUUAAUUACAGGGUGUGCAUGACUCAGUGCUUUGAAGUAAUCAAUCUCAAAUCAUCUUCAGUAUGAUGUAUGUAAAGGGUGUGAAGAGCCAACACAUAUUUGACUCCUUUUAACAUAUUUUCUAAGAGCACUGUUACUUUGUGUUUAUGAGGGGACUCUUGCAUUUGUUUUAUCACUUAUUGGUAGGUAUGAAUUUGGUUUGAUUAACCACAAGAGCUAAGUUGAACUGAAGAAGAGAAAAUUUAAUUAACUGAAAUGUUCUCCCUUGUGCUUCAUAUGAAAUACUCUAUGGGUAUUUGUAUAUUAUCCAGUUAAUUUCUGAUAAUAACUACAGUCAUUACUAUUGGCCCACUGACAUUGACAGAAGUGCAUGUUGAAUGUAUUUGCUAUGUGCUCUAGUUAGUGCAUUUCACUGGGAUUGUGGAAAGCAUAAUAUACCAUGUUUUUUGGAAGGGAAAUUGAAAUCUCUCAAGCAAUAUUUUUACCAGAAUAUGGGGAAGAUUCUGCAUGUGUAUAUGUUCCAUGGUUUUGUCAUUUCUAGUGUGCAAUUAUCUUCUUCUUUGAAGCAUAAUUUAAAAAAAAUGUACAUGAAAUGAGAUUUGAUUAUGGUGAUGACACUAAAUGACUCACAGUGUCCAUUUUGUCUAAUAAAAUUAUG